AUGUCCAAGUUCGGCGUGCUGGUGAUGGGCCCUGCCGGCGCAGGCAAGACUACCUUCUGCAAUGCCAUCAUCCAGCAUCUCCAGAACACCCGACGCAGCUGCUUCUACGUCAACCUAGACCCCGCCGCCGAGUCGUUCCAGUACGAGCCUGACCUCGACAUCCGCGAGCUGAUCACCCUCGAAGAUGUGAUGGAAGAGCUGGAGCUGGGCCCCAACGGCGGGCUCAUCUACUGCUUCGAGUUCCUGAUGCAGAACCUGGAUUUCCUGACCGAGGCCCUGGAUCCGCUAAGCGAAGACUAUCUGAUCAUCUUCGACAUGCCCGGCCAGAUCGAGCUGUACACGCACAUCCCGCUUCUGCCAACGCUGACCAAUUUCUUGAGCCGCCAAGGCCCGCUCAAUAUCUCGCUGUGUGCCACCUACUUGCUCGAGAGCACCUUUGUCAUUGACAAGGCCAAGUUCUUCUCGGGGACCUUGAGCGCCAUGUCCGCCAUGAUCCUCUUGGAAGUGCCCCACAUCAACAUUCUGAGCAAGAUGGACCAGGUCAAGGACAUGGUUGGCCGUCGACGAUUAAAGCGCUUUGUCAAUGUCGACGUGCAGCUGCUGGACGAGGAUGAUGCUGCUCCAGAAGAAGGGAAACAAACAAAAUAUCCUCGGGGAGGAGAGGACGAAGAUGAUGACGAACAGGAAGAAGCAGGAAAUUUGCGGAUCGAUCCGUCAUCGAAAGAUGAGCUGAUGAGCGGAGGCUCAUUCGAUCGUUUGAACAGAGCAGUCGGCCAAUUGAUUGACGAUUUCAGCAUGGUUUCGUUUUUGCAACUCGAUGUCCAGGACGAGGACAGUGUGGCUGCGAUUUUGAGCCAUAUCGACGACUCCAUUCAAUUCCACGAGGCUCAAGAGCCGCGUGAACCGAAUGAUGCGCAAGAAGUCGACUGGGAAGAUGCCGACAUAUGA